GGCCGCACACUCCACACUCCACGGGGCCGCGGCAGCAUGGCGAGCUCGUGGAUCACCGCGCUGGUGGCCGUCCUGCCGGCCCUGCUGCCCCUCAUCGCCGGCCGUUUGGCGUACCGCGCGGCGCACGGCGUGGAUCCCGACGUGGCGGAGGCGGACCCCUUCCAGCAGGCCGCGCCUUACUACGAGACGGUGCUGCAGCCGUGCCCGAAACUGCCGCCUGCGGACCAGCUCGACGUCGACCAGCUGCUGGGCCCCUGGCACCUGUCGCUGCUGCUGUUGGCCGACCGCGUGCCACACGAGGGCCCCGGGCUGGAGACGCUGCUGGACGACUCACUAUGCGCCGGAGUGGAGCUGACGCGCGCCAACGCCUCCAUGCUGAGGAUGGACUGGCAGCUGCACCAGCUAGGGCUACCGGCCGGGCUCGCCGACAUGCGUCUGCAGCUGGCCGCCGCUGAGCUGGGGCAGCCGGGCCUGUGGGCGCUCGCCACGCCAGUCGGAGGUGAGAUGCUGGGUACGGUGACGAACGCGGCCCCGCGCUCGCACCUGGUACUGACGGUGUGCGGCGAGCAGGGACGGGAGCGCGUCGUGCACGUCCUCACCGCCCUGCUCACGCGCCGCGCACCGAGUGACCUCGGCUCCCUCGAGCUGCUCCGCCUCUCCAACCUCAUGAUGCCAGCCAACGGCUACAGACGCGUGGAUGAGCGCCUCCUCAGCUGGGGACAAUGUUGACCAGUGCCUCACCCUUCGACUGCUGACACGACCUGCGCGUUCGCUUCCAAGCCAAGAAAAGUACUCAUAAAAAUGGGUGAUCAAACUGGAUUUGUUUUUCUUUGAAUGAAAAAACACAUUUAUGAAUA